AUGGCGGGGACGAUGAAAUGGAUGGAGAAUGCCAUCACCUGCAACCAGGUAGAGCAAGCGUGGCUCGAUGCCGGUCGCAGAGGUGAUAUCACGACCAUGCAAAGUCUUCGCAAGACGCACCCCAAGUGGCUCGCACUCGAACGCGUUGCAAUAACGUCCAAGUUGAAUCCAAAGUAUGCUGAUGUGGGCGACGAAGCUCCGUCGUUUUGUGACUGGGAAAAGUUUCACCUUCCAACGAUAGGAGCCUCUGCGCUCCAUGCGGCUGCCUGGGACGGCAACUACGACGUCUUGGAGUUUUUGCUAAAAGAGGGCCAGCAAGUAGAUGAGAGAGGUCGUCGAGGAGUAACGGCGUUGAUGGCAACACUCAUGCGACACAAUGUUCAAGCGUUGCGUGCGGUCUUUCAGGGAAGUGCGGUCGUGCAGCUCAAUACGGUCACGGAUUGCCGUAAGGAGGAUGCCGAACGCCUGAACAACACACUGAACGUUGUAAAGUUGCUACUCCGACACGGCGCAAAGAUAGAAGCGCGUGAUCAGGAAGGCAAGACAGCGCUACUCUUAGCCACGAAUGAUGAGCUUUUCGAGGUAGCAAAACUUCUCUUGGAAAAUGGAGCAUGUAUAGAUGCCCAGGACAUAGCUGGUAGAACUCCGCUUCAUGUGUGUCUGCGAACAUCUCCUGAACAGAGCGUACUGGUGACAAACUUGCUGAUUUCUCAAGGUGCACUAAUUGAUAUCCCGGAUAAGACUGGCGAGACCCCUUUAACGAUCGUUGUUCACAACGGGGAUACGACGGUACUGCAACUGCUUUUAAACCACUACUCUCUGGUCGCUACAUCCGGAAGACAGGAUUUCCCUGCUGCUGUGCUGCUGCAAGCGGCGGAGCUUGGAGUUGUCGACGCUGUACGUUUCUUGCUAGACAGCAAGUACACGAGCAUCGAUGUCGUCAAUGAGCGUGGUGAGACUGCGCUGCAUUUGGCGAUCGUAAAGAAGCACAAGCAGGUCAUCGAGAUGCUUUGCGCUUACGAGUCUGCAGAAAUUCUACUACAAGCCAGAACGCAUGGCAAGAAUGAGUCAGUGCUUGAUUAUGCUGCGCGCUACGGAUCCUUGCAGUUGGUGCAGUCACUGUUGGGCAAAAGGAGCUCGCACGAUAUUAAUGCGGCUGAUACUAUUGGGUCGACUUGCUGUGUCUCGCAAGUUCAACCCCUACAAUUGGAUCACCAAAUGAACGGACAAAGGUUGCACAGCUCGGAAACCUCGAUGCGUCACGGCAUGCGUCUCUUUCGAGCGAUCAAAACUGGCACUGGCGUCACAUUAGUAGCCAUAAACCCCGCUGCCCGUCGUUCUCUGGCCUUGUGGAUGGCCGAGUGUAGAGCUUCAUCGCCAACGACACUCUCCGACUUCUGCAUCAAUUGGUUGACAUGCGUGCAACACCCACAAACCAAUGUAAACCAGCAGCGAGACGCGAUAAAGCCAAGUGUUGUGACAAAGCCAGGAGGCCAAACAGCUAUCAAGGAUAAGCGCCAGCGUGUUUCUCUGAUCCCGGUAGUUGCUGCGUGUGUCUGCGCAGGUUACACGGUCGAUGCAGUGCCGUUGCUAAUGACAUUACCAUUCAAGCGUGAGGCAAUGCCACAUUUUCUCGAGUUGCUCAAGACUUUCGCACUUGAUACAAAGCACGCGUUGCUACAAAAGCUGCAGCUAGAGCUUUUAGCUGCCUGGAAGAUCGAGACACGACGGCAGGAGUCACGAAUCGGUUAG